UCACAAUGUCUUGCUCUUCCUCUAUCUCUCUUCCUCUCUCUCGUUCAUUGUGUUGAGCAGAGGGGAUUGAAUUUGGCUCCUGAACUGUUACGUUUUCACGGAGCUCAGAGUGAGUCACAUUCAACAGCACACACACACUCUCACACACACCCACCCACUUGCACACACACACACGCGCACAGAGGCAGGAUUGUCAGCAAGAGCAGCGCGGUGCUCUUUGGGAUUGCAACCACAAGUGGACUGGUCUGGUCUGGACCUCCAAGCCACCCUCAAACACUGAGCUAGGAGGAGGAACAGGGAAGCACUGCUUUAACGAGAGGAGAGGUCGCCUGUGGUGGACAAAGCUGCUACAAAACUACUUGGAGAAUGGAAAAAACAUAAGGAAAAAUACAAACUCCUUUACCCUAUAGAGAAAAAUGCUGAGUAAAGUUUGUGGUUAAUUGUUAAUGGAAUAUACCCUGGUAUAUUGAAACUGCUGCUUUCUCUAAAGGCAAUUUCAAAAGACAAAGGUAAGACAAACCUACUACGAUGGUCCAGAGGAUUUUAGUCCAGAGCAUCAGAUAUUUGAGCUAUUUUGCACUGUUCUGAGUAACCGGCAUGCUUGUACCAAAACAAAAAUGUAAAAUCUACAAACACUUUCUGUCUGUUCCCAUUAUUCAUACAUCGCAUAUGUGAGUGAUUGAACUGUGGGUGAACCUUUCAAUUAUGGAACGUCAGUUAGUAUUCGUCUGUUUGGGAGACAGGAACCACAUACUUUAGAUUUUUGGACUUUAGAUUUUUCUUUGUUGUUUCUCCCCAAACGUGUUGGUCUGUCUCUGACUACAAGCCCUGCUCUGAGACUCUGAUCUCUGGUCUGACCCACCAUAGUGAACUGUUCUAAAGCCUCAGCUUGGCACUGAGGAUGGGGUGUACCAUGGCAGCGUGCCCACUGUCCUGCCUCCUCCUCAUCCUAUCCUUCAUCCUGACGGGGCCCAGCCUGGCCCAGGACCUCACCAGCUCCACCACCGCUGGCCCGGACACUGUCCAAACCCAGACAGAGAAUCAGACAGCUCCGAUGACCCCCACCACAACGGAGCCCAUCACCACGCUAGUAACCACAGAGUUCAGCGGCAUGUCGACACCCAGCGGCGACAUCACGGAUGAUGAGGAUGCCAUCCCUACCAAAGGCACCCGUUGCCAAGGUUACUACGAUGUGAUGGGCCAGUGGGACCCACCUUUCAACUGCAAUAUGGGUGUUUUCCUGUACUGCUGUGGUACCUGCUUCUACCGCUUCUGCUGCCAGUUCAGAGGGCAGCGGCUCGACCAGAGCAUCUGCUCAAACUAUGACACACCCAUCUGGGCCAACACGGGCAAGCCCAUCACCACGGUGACCGAGGGCCAUGGGAACCAGGAAAGAGACCGCACCCAUAUGAUUGUCUACAUCAUCUGUGGAGUGGUGGCCAUCAUGGUGCUGGUGGGCAUCUUCACCAAGCUGGGCCUGGAGAAGAGCAGGGGAUCGGCAGUGGCGCAGAACGACCUCAGCAACUCCAGGGAAUAUGACCUGCUCCAGAAAGUGAGAGGGAGAGAGAGAGAGCGAGGAGAAGAAAGGCACAAAGGAAAAGAGACAAAGAGAGGAAGGAGAUCACAAUAUGGCCAGAGGACCCUGACAGAGCUUCUGAAGCAGCCCAGAGGAGAGGUUAGCUCAGUGGACAGCACAAUCACCAACCCCCCUAUCGAAACCAACUACAUCUCAGCUAGGAUGCUACGCAGCCGCAGCGAGCACUACCACCUGAACAAUUCAGCCUUAUACCCAGGAAUGCCACACCCUCAUAGCAACCUCAGUGGACUGGGCCUCAACAAGUACAACUCCCUCAGGGCUGUGGCGGACACUGCCUCUAGGGGAUACUAUAAGAGCUACCCUUUGAUGGACUUCUCCCAGUACCAGGCAGCUCCAGCCUUCCAGCCCAUCUCCCUGCACCCCAAGGACAAGUCCUACCUUCACCAGGACCACCACCAGCUCCCCACCCACCACAACCUCCACGCCCCCCUCUCCAUCUCCAUCCCCCAGAGCCACCCGGAGAGGUCCCGCCUGUCCAAGACCACCAGCCACCCCCUGUUCUCUAGCUCGGCCUUGAAAGCCUGGGACACCAGUGGACACUACGUCCAGAGGCAGACCUCCCAGCCUGGGCACAUCUCAGCCCAUCAGCAUGCCUAUUCCACCAGGAGACUGCACAGCGUAGAGAAUUUCCCGGAGAUGUUCAACCACCCUGUGUCAUACGGCCACCCAUCCUCCUACCACCACACCAGGCAUAAGAGCUACUCCACCAACAGCAAGACAGAGGUCACUGUCUGAGAAUGGAGCUCUGAGUUCCUCUGUACCUACAAUGAUACAGAAACAGAUACAAAAAUGUACAGGAUAGAGAGGAGUGUCGGAGUGUUUAAAAGAUACUGGAUGAAGGGGGGUUAAAAGAUAGGGCAACAAUGCAUCAGCAUCGCCACCCACCACCAUGACUAAAGUACAAUAACUGAACCACAAAGAUCCCCAAGACAUUGAUAAUGCAAGAGAAACACUGUCGCUCUCGGAACACCUCUGAGCCUCUCGGUCUCUAUGUCUACCACAACUCCUUGUUGCUCGGAACCUUUCUUUAACUCUACCACAUCUCUCCAUGCAUUCUUCUCUGAUCUUGUUCUUUCACCUAUAUCCUCUAUUUCCCACAGCUCCCCCCUCUCUCAGCCCUUAGAAGCGCUGUGUUCAGGCCUUUAGAGGGAUGAUGGCACCCCCGGGGCCACAUUAACUCGACAGGGACAAUGCCAUCCUCACGUCAGCUCCAAUCAGCCUCCGCCCCAGCGCAAGACAGAGAGAGAGAGAGGGAGAGAGACAGGUAGGGAGAUAGUGGGAAAUCACUCUAGGGAUCUUUAGAGGAAAGCCGAAUGACAGGAGUGGACAAAGUAUAUAUGUAAAGAUUUUUCUUCCCUGGGGGUGAAAUGAAGGAGUCAUUGUGGAUCUGGAGACUGUAUAGCCUGGGUGCCAGUCUGUUUCUGCUCUCUUGCCAACUCCUUAUGGAAUUGUCACGGCUUGACAAUGACAAUGGAGUAGGCAAUGGCACAAACAGAUCUGGGACCAGGCUAGAGACUGGGUCUUGGUGGAGUGUUUAUGAGUGCGUGUGAGUAUGUGAGGACAUACUGGGCUGUCAGUGUAAGUGAAUUCGCUGCGGCAUCUCGGACCCCAGAGGAGGUCUUCCGUGUUUUCCCCUGAUGCACGGACAGUAAAGGGCACAGACAAGAGCUCUAGAGGUGUUGCUAAGGCUACCAGACUCUCUUUAAAUGGCAAUGGAUGUACCCUAUUCUACAAGUGGUGCAUCUAUUUGUUUACCAGGACUAUGAUUAACCACUGAGGUAAAAUAAAGAAACAAAACUAUUGUUGAAAAGUAGGAUACUUGUACAUGACUAAAUGACACAUAACAGGCAGGGGACUAGUGAUAGCAGCAUCUUUGGUCAGGUGCCGUAGUUCUAAAACCCAGAAACGGUGCUGAAAUGUGUAAGGACCAAUGAAGUCUAAUCGACGCUACGGUCUCUCGGAAGGUAUUGGGUUGAGCACAAACUCACCCUAAAGAGGUACACACAUGUAGCCUUGUAGGACCAUCCUGCAAUCUAGCAAGAUCAGGAUUGCCAUACGAGGCUAACACACAUGGCCAACGUACUAGCUGCACACUUCAGAUUAAUCCACUUCCAGAAGUGCUAAUGCUAAUGAAGGCAAUGAAUACAACUAAACUCUUUACAUGAGUCAUGAUCAUGAUGCAUUACUACCCCUUACCUCGCACAUCCCUACCCUUCCUCCUUUUCGACAAGUAGUCUAACGUUUAAGAGUGUGUGCGCCAGUAACCGAAAGGUCACUGGUUCAAAUCCCCAAG